UCAAGACAAGUAAGGGUGUCGGGUACUCUGCGCACUUCGUUGGUAACUGCCUGGUACUCACCUCUCUCAAGAUCAAAGGCAAAGGCUACCAACACUGCAUCAAGUAUGAGUUCCAACCCAGGAAGUGGUACAUGGUGGCCGUGGUGUACAUCUACAACAGGUGGAGCAAGAGCGAGAUUAAGGUCUUCGUCAACGGCCAGCUGGCCUCAGCAACUGACAUGACCUGGCUCGUCUCCACCAAUGACACGUGGGACAAGUGCUACAUUGGGGCGACGCCGGAGCUGGACGAAGAGCGGGUGUUCUGCGGCCAGAUGAGCGCCGUCUACCUCUUCUCUGAAGCCCUGACCGCCCACCAGGUCUGCGCCAUGCACCGCCUCGGCCCAGGCUACAAGAGUCAGUUCCGGUUCGACAAUGAAAGUUACCUCCAACUACCAGAGAACCACAAGAGGGUAAGCCUUGUACUGUAUGAUGGCAAACUAGCAGCAGCGAUUGUAUUUAUGUAUAAUCCAGUAGCUACGGACUCCCAGCUCUGUUUGCAGUCUGCCCCAAAGGGCAACCCUUCGUUCUUCGUCCACAACCCCCAUGCCCUUAUGCUACAGGAUGUGAAGGCAGUGGUAACUCACAGUAUCCACAGUACCUUGAACAGCAUGGGUGGCAUCCAGGUGCUCUUCCCACUGUUUCAACAGCUUGACUUGCCACAUGACACUCCUCCAGCCAUCAAUGACUAUUACAACACCAACAAGGACCCCUCAUUAGGUUCCACUUUGGUAGGGUUUAUCUGUGAGAUGGUUGAAAGCUGCAACACAGUCCAGCAACAUAUGGUUCAGAAUCGAGGUUUUUUAGUGAUCUCGCACCUUCUGCACCGUGCCUCAAGACAUCAUGUUACCAUGGAUGUUUUAACUGCCUUCCUCAAGUUAACAAAGUUCCUCGUCACGUGUCCAAAUGCUAAUUCGGAUUUACUUUUGAAGCAGCUGCUGGAUCACAUUCUGUUCAAUCCAUCGCUAUGGAUUUACUCCCCGGUGGCAGUUCAGAUGCGACUCUACACCUAUCUAGCCACAGAAUUCUUGUCCGAUGCACAGAUUUAUGGCUCGGUCCGCAGAGUUUCCACAGUGUUGCAAACUAUGCACACACUUAAGUACUACUAUUGGGUAGUUAAUCCCAGGGACAGGAGUGGUAUUAAUCCAAAAGGUCUUGAUGGUCCACGCCCUAGUGAUAAGGACAUUGUUAGUCUUCGAGCAUAUAUGCUGCUCUUCCUCAAGCAGCUAAUCAUGAUUGGUAAUGGAGUCAAAGAAGAUGAGCUCCAGGCUAUUCUCAACUUUCUUUCUACCAUGCAUGAGGAUGAGAACCUCCAUGAUGUGCUACAGAUGCUAAUGUCCCUCAUGUCGGAACACCCAUCCUCCAUGGUCCCGGCAUUUGAUGCUAAACAUGGUGUCCGCACAGUCUUCAAACUCUUGGCAUCAGAGAGCCAGCUAAUUCGUCUGCAGGCGCUCAAGCUGCUUGGUUAUUUUCUCUCAAGAUCCACUCACAAAAUGGCAAGCCAUCGCCAGAGACAGUUAUUGAUAGUAGGAGUUACCAUGCCACAGCUGAUAAUUGUAAACAACUCGGGUGGGAGAGACUUGUCAGCAGAUACUCGGAGCAGUCCUUUACUGACGCGUCGCAUGAUGCAGAGAGCAGUGCGCAAGUACGAUGUCAUGAACCCCCACAACCUGUACACACUUCUCGCUGAGAGGCUUCUGGUGCACGAGGAAACACUCACCCUGUCAACGUACAACUGUCUCUAUGAGAUCCUGACGGAACAUAUCAGCCAACAAGUGAUGUAUUGCAAACAUCCUGAACCAGAAUCACAUUACCGGUUAGAAAACCCAAUGAUCUUAAAAGUUUGUGCAACAUUAAUAAGGCAGAGCAAACCAUCUGACAGUUUAAUGGAGGUGAAGAAGCUGUUUCUGUCAGAUAUGACACUACUUUGUAACAACAACCGUGACAAUCGUAGGACUGUUCUACAGAUGUCAGUGUGGCAGGAAUGGUUGAUUGCUUUAGCUUACAUCCAUCCUAGAUCAACGGAGGAACAGAAGAUUAGUGACAUGGUUUACUCGCUCUUUCGAAUGCUUCUUCAUCAUGCAAUUAAAUUUGAGUAUGGUGGUUGGAGGGUGUGGGUUGAUACUUUGGCCAUUGUUCAUUCCAAGGUUUCCUAUGAGGAAUUCAAGCUUCAGUUUGCUCAGAUGUAUGAACAAUAUGAACGGCAUCGGUCUGACAACAUCACUGAUCCAGCAAUCCGGCAGCAGCGUCCCAUCUCAACAAUCUCCGGGUGGGACCAAGCAGCAAGUAAACAAUAUUAUGUCAACACAGAGAUGUACCGGAAUGGAUCCGGAUCUGAGAUUGAGGUAGAAAAAACACCAGCCAUUGAAAAUGGAAAGAUGUCUGUGACACCGGAACCUGUUCACGAUCUCCCUCAAGAUACUGAAAUGGAGUCAGUACCAAGGGCUAAUCAAGAAAGAAGAAGUGAUGUUGAAAAUCAUGAUGAGCAAUACAAAGACCCAAGUGAAGGAAGAGAAACAAUAGAGGAUAGUAUACUAGGGUAUGAAUUGCGAGGGACAAGACAACCAGAGAUAGAACAGUCUCUUGAAGUUAUGAGAAAAGAUGAUGGUGUAGAUUUGCCUUCUCAUCUUCCUAAAAUAACGACAAAUAUUGUUUCUGAACAUUCAACGGAAAUCAUUGAAUUUUCUGCUAAAGCUGAGGAGGACAAAGAUAGUAUAGACAAUGAAGAAGUUACCAAAAGUAUAGAAGUAAUAAAUAAUAGCAGUGUGGAGGUUGAAGUUGUGGAUAACAAGUCGUUAGAUAAUAAGACUAUAGAAGAGUGUGAAGAGAAAAUAGAAAUGGAAAGAAUUAAAAGAGUAGAAAGUGAUAAACAAGAAAAAGAACAGGAGGGAGUAAAAAUUGAAGAUGUGGCUAAAGAAAAUGAGGCUGACAACCCAAAGAAAGGGGAGGGCAGUAAGAAUGAGGAUGAUAAAUCAGAUGAAGAAGAAGAGAAGAAAGAUGAGGACAAGAAAGAAGCAUCUGAUGAAGAAAGUUCAGUUUUAAAUACUUUUUCUUCUCUAGAAGUUACACAGAAGCUGGAGCCUGAAGGGAAAACAGAUUUGAAAGUUGAGAAUAGUGAAGCCUUGGGAGACAGUGGUAAGGUAAUUGCUACAGAAAAAGAAGAAAUCAGAGUAGACACCUCAGUAGAAGCUGAUGUAAUAGUUCAAAAGCAUGAAGAAAAGAGUGAAGAGACCAAAGAAAGUGUUCAUGACAUAGAGGAAAUUGAUGAGAUAAAUGUGUGUGGUGAUGAAAUAAAAUGUGAGGUAGGAAAGAUUGACACUGAAUUGGAGCAGGGUCCAGGGUUUGGCGAUGCUUCCAUCCCUGCACCACCACCACAAGAGAUGAUUGCAACCAUCUCUGGUAGUCUCCAUGAGAAGGACAAAUGUGAGAAGGAGAGAGAAGCCAAGGGAGGUGAGGAAGAAGAAAUACCAGUUAUUGAUGUGAUAAACAAUAUAUCCAUUAAAAUGGAAGAUGCCGGUGAUGUACAGAGUGACAUGCAGCCUAAUGUUAGUGAGGUUCAAAGUGUUUCUGUAUUUGAAGUUAAAGAUCAAGAAUCAGGGACUAAAGUGGAGACGAACAUAGUAAUAGACAAUUUAGAAACUGAAAAUAUAAACAGUAGCUUAGAAGAUCCCUUAUUAGGUAUAAGUGAUGAUACUGUUGUAAAAGAAAUACCAGUGUCUAAUGUGUUGGUGUCGGACAUUAGUACGUUGGAAGUAUCUGUUUCUGAUGAUGUAGUUACCAAACCUGUUCAAGCCUGUGAUAAUGUACAAACAACUGCUUCUUCUGCCUCUUCCCCACCAGCUUCUAGUCCUGUUAGUAGUGCUGUUCAAACUCCUAAAAAAGACUCGUUGACUAAAAGUACUAGUCAGAUUUUGCCUGAAGAUACACUAAAGCUGACCAGCAUAGAAGUACAAGUGUCAAACAAAGAAGUACAAGACUGCACUAUGCCAGAUGUACAAUCAUCUACUAAGACAGAGGUUCAAAGUGUUACAAGUAAAGAAGAAUCUUGUUCGUUAACUCACGAGACUAGAGAAUCCCCACGAAGAGUAGACCCAAUUUCUUCUAGUGUCGAAGUUGAAGUCACCUCUAAAGAUAUGUCAAAUUUCUCAGGUACGGAGCAGGUAACAGAGAAGCAGGAGCACAACCAAUUCUCUCAAAAUGUUGCAUUGGUGGCUGCUAUUAGUUGUCCAGAAGUUGAAGCAGAGUCAUUGUCAUUAACUGAGGAAUUUUCCAAUUCAAGUUCCAAAGACCAGCCUAAAGACCAAGAGUCACAAACUGAGGAAGUUGGGGAUGAAGACCUAAGUAAAGAAGAAAUGGUUGACAGCACAGAGAUGAAGGUUGAAGGUGCUCUAUCUUGUGAACAGCAUUUGGACAAAGAAGAAGAGAAGGUUAUGGAUAUAGAAGAGACAGUCAAAAUCAGUGAUGUAGUAGAUUUAACCAAGGACCAAGUAGAUUUAGGGUUGAAGAGACAUGGAAUAUCUCUUGCUGGUCAGAGUACGCUUGAGAGGGAGAAGGAUAGACAAAGUGAUUCAGAACGCAAGUCAGCAUCUGUUUCGAGAAGUUCUUCGAUUGGAUCAUCCCAGUCACAUUCCCGUCAAAUAUUCUCAUCGGGACCUACACGGCCGCCUUUCCGGAUUCCUGAGUUUCGUUGGUCUUAUAUCCAUCAGAGACUACUAUCAGAUGUUCUCUUUUCUUUAGAAACUGACAUGCAGGUUUGGAGAAGCCACUCAACCAAAAGUGUUUUGGACUUUGUCAACAACAGCGAGAAUGCCAUCUUUGUUGUGAACACUGUCCACCUCAUCUCGCAACUGGCAGAUAACCUCAUUAUUGCAUGUGGAGGUCUAUUGCCUUUGUUGGCCUCUGCUACCUCUCCCAAUAAUGAACUGGAUGUUUUAGAGCCUACACAAGGCAUGGGAGUGGAAGUUGCUGUGUCUUUUCUGCAUCGAUUAGUAAACAUGGCAGAUGUGCUUGUGUUUGCUUCAUCCCUGAACUUCUCAGAGCUGGAGGCUGAAAAGAAUAUGUCAAGUGGAGGCAUUCUUAGACAGUGUUUGCGUCUGGUUUGCACUGUGGCUGUGAGAAAUUGUCUUGAGUGUCGUGAACGGACACGGCUUCAAGAUGUAAAUGGUGCUGGUGGGAAUGGCAUCAAGCCUAUCAACAAAUCACGACACAUUCAUUCACUCAUCAGAGGUGCUCAGGCUUCCCCUAAGAACAUUGUAGAAAACUUGGGUACACAAAACAGUCCAGUUAGAGACCCUGAGAAGCUCCUCCAAGACAUGGAUGUCAACAGACUUAGAGCGGUCAUAUAUCGUGAUGUGGAAGAAACCAAGCAAGCUCAGUUUUUGUCACUAGCUAUUGUUUACUUUAUUUCUGUGCUGAUGGUUUCAAAAUACAGAGAUAUUCUUGAACCUCCGACCAACCCGCCUUCCUCACCGCCACCGCCACCACAGGUUGCUCACACCAAUGGUGCGUUUACGCAGCAUCAUUUCUCAGGUACUGAACGCACUGGAGAGGUUGACGAAGAUGGAGAAUAUGAAGUUAUUGUUGUAGAUCAACACAAUUCCUCAAUCCUAGCAUCUGAUCAUUGUUCUACUGCCUCCUCUGGUCCACCAUCUCUUAAAUCUAACCACACUCUAGGAACUGGCCCUGUCCCUAAGUAUGGUUGUAAUGCCUAUGGAGCUAAGGUUUCUAAGCCAGUAGCUCGCAACAACAUGAUAAACCCUAAGGGUUCUGAUGUAGGUGAGGCAGGGAGUGAUGUUGGCUCAGGAGCUGUCAGCCUCAAUGAGGAACAGAACUCUCAACCAACUGAUGAUGCAUGGACAGAUGUCAACCUCAAUGAUGGAACACCUGAUGAAAUGGAUUCAAAGUCUCAAAAGUCUAUGUAUGGUAUAACAGAGACUGGUGAGAUGCCACAACUACAAACACAACAAAUGCCUAGCCAGCAGUCCCAAUCACAAUCACAGCUAUCGCAACCACAGUCGUUAUCACAGUCAGACCCUCAGCAGCAACUCUCUGGUCAAAUUUCUGUACUCUCUUCUCCGUCCAAUAUACCUGAUCCAGUAACUUCCACUGUAAAGCACCACCGACCGGAAGAUCUCAACAUCAAGCCAUUCCUUCACUCUGACUUACCCAUUCCAACACCAUCUCGUGAGGCAUCUCUCACACAGAAAUUAGAGAUGGCAUUGGGAUCUGUAUCCCCUCUUUUACGGGAGAUAAUGGUGGACUUUGCUCCCUUUCUCUCCAAGACCCUUGUGGGUUCCCAUGGGCAGGAACUUCUCAUGGAAGGUAAAGGUCUAAUGACAUUCAAGCACAGUCAGAGUGUGGUUGAGCUUGUUAUGCUGCUGUGCUCACAGGAGUGGCAGAACUCUCUCCAGAAGCAUGCAGGACUUGCCUUUAUAGAGCUAAUUAAUGAGGGGAGACUUCUAUCACAUGCCAUGAAGGACCACAUUGUGCGAGUGGCAAAUGAAGCUGAAUUUAUCCUCAACCGUAUGAGAGCCGACGAUGUGCUUAAACACGCUGAAUUUGAGUCUUUAUGUGCCACAACGGUGUUGGAACGUCGUGAGGAAGAGAAGAUGUGUGACCACUUGAUCACAGCUGCCCGCAGAAGAGACAAUGUCGUAGCUGCGCGGAUCCUAGACAAAAUUACCAAUAUCCUCUCUAACAAACAUGGAGCUUGGGGCAUUGCCAUUCAUGCUCUUAACAAAAUUGCGCCACCUCAGUUUUGGAAACUAGACUCGUGGGAGGAUGACUCUCGACGGAGAAAACGUUUUGUUCCAAAUCCCUUAGGUUCCUCACACCCUGAAGCCACACUGAAAGCUGCUAUUGAGCAUGGAGCUCCAGAAGAUGCUAUUCUUCAAGCCAGAGAAGAAUUUCAUGCUCAACUAGCUGCUCAGAGGCGAUCAUUACAACAGCCGUUACAGUCACCUGACCUUCUUGAUGACUCUGAACUUACCACUGAUGACCGAGAUCUUGAUGCCGAUGUAACAGGCAUGGUGAAUAUGAGCACUAGAGCACGUCUUGUUGCUCCUGGCUUAGUUGUACCAGGUACAGUCUCCAUUACAGCAGCUGAACUUUACUUUGAAGUAGAUGAAGAAGACCCAGAAUUUAGGAAAGCAGAUCCUGAGGUGGUGAAGUACUGCGAGCACGUCCACGGAAAAUGGCACUUCAGCGAGGUGCGCGCCAUCUUCAGUCGACGCUACCUACUACAGAACACCGCCCUCGAGAUCUUCCUGGCUUCUCGCACGUCUGUGUUCUUCACGUUCCCGGACCAGGCGACGGUGAAGCGGGUGGCGAAGGCGCUGCCGAGGGUGGGCGUCGGGAUCAAGUAUGGCAUCCCGCAGACCCGUAGGGCCUCCAUGAUGUCGCCCCGGCAGCUCUUCAGGGCCUCCAACAUGACCCAGAAGUGGCAGAGGAGGGAGAUCUCUAACUUCGAGUAUCUCAUGUUUCUAAAUACUAUUGCGGGUCGAACAUACAACGACCUGAACCAGUACCCGGUGUUUCCAUGGGUGCUAACAAACUUUGAUUCACACGAGCUGGACCUCUCCCAGCCCACCAACUACAGAGAUCUGUCGAAGCCAAUUGGAGCUCUGAACCCCUCCCGGCGGGCCUUCUUCGAGGAGCGGUAUAAUUCCUGGGAACACGACCAGAUUCCCCCCUUCCACUAUGGCACACACUAUUCAACCUCAGCAUUCACCCUCAACUGGCUCAUCAGGCUUGAGCCCUUCACUACCAUGUUUCUGUCGCUACAAGGAGGCAAGUUUGACCACCCUAAUCGAAUGUUCUCGUCAGUUGCCACAGCUUGGAAGAAUUGCCAGCGAGAUACCUCAGAUGUUAAAGAACUCGUCCCUGAGUUUUACUACCUUCCCGAGAUGUUUGUCAACUGGAACCGCUACAAGCUUGGUGCCACUGAAGAAGAGGGCCUCGUCGACGAUGUUGUCCUUCCACCGUGGGCAUCUUCACCUGAAGAAUUUAUUAGAAUCAACCGAAUGGCGCUGGAAUCUGAGUUUGUCUCAUGUCAGCUGCAUCAGUGGAUAGACCUUAUCUUUGGAUACAAACAGCGCGGGCCUGAAGCAGUGCGAGCUACGAAUGUCUUUUACUACCUCACAUAUGAAGGCUCUGUCGACUUGGAUUCAAUUCAGGAUCUAGUGAUGAGAGAGGCCAUCGAGAACCAAAUUCGGAACUUUGGACAGACCCCAUCACAGUUGUUGAUGGAGCCCCAUCCACCUCGUUCAUCAGCUAUGCAUUUGUCACCACUGAUGUUUUCUGGUGUAUGUGAGGACGUGUGCAUGGUGAUGAAGUUCGUGAGCAACUCCCCCAUCUGUCACAUUUCUGCCAAUACGUACCCUCAGCUGCCUCUCCCAUCUGUUGUUACACUAACAAACAAUCAUCAUUUUGCAAUCAACCGCUGGAACACAAAUUAUUCAGUCAAUGUACAGAGCCCCAGCUAUGCAGAAGGUAGCCAAUCACCGUCCACUCUCUUGCCUCUGUCCAUGGAUCCCGUCCUACAACAAGCUGCGUCAGGCAACAGUAGCAGUCAGCAGCAGAAACGUCAUCUAGGAGACAACUUCAGUCAAAAAGUUCGGAUGAGGAGCAAUUGCUUUGUAACCACUGUUGACUCUCGUUUCAUUAUUGCCUGUGGCUUCUGGGACAACAGCUUCCGUGUGUUCUCCACCGAGACAGCUAAAAUUGUUCAAAUAGUGUUUGGCCAUUACGGGGUGGUGACAUGUCUGAGUCGCAGCGAGUGUAACAUCACGAGUGACUGCUACGUAGCCUCAGGUUCUCAUGACUGCACUGUUUUACUCUGGCAUUGGAAUGCACGCACUCAGAUGAUAAUGGGUGAAGGAGACUCGCCAACACCGCGUGCAACUCUCACUGGUCAUGAAACUGAGGUGACAGCUGUUGUGAUUUCUGCUGAACUUGGCCUUGUUGUGUCUGGCUCUAAGGAUGGUCCUGUACUAAUCCACACCACCUCUGGGGACUUACUGCGGUCACUGGAGGCUCCACAAGGUUUUCUCUCUCCUGAAAAUGUUGCUCUGUCCCGUGAGGGUCUAAUUGUUAUUAAUUAUGAUAGAGGACAUGUUGCCGCCUAUACCAUGAAUGGAAAACGACUCCGACAUGAAUCUCACAAUGACAACAUUCAGUGUGUGAUUCUGAGUCGAGACGGAGAGUAUAUGAUGACUGGAGGAGAGAAAGGCAUUGUAGAGGUGUGGCGAACAUUUUCCCUGGCCUUGCUCUAUGCUUUCCCAACAUGCGACUCUGCUAUUAGGUCUCUCGCACUUUCUCAUGAUCAGAGAUUCCUCAUGGCUGGAUUAUCGACAGGAUCCAUUGUUGUUUUUCACAUCGACUUUAAUCGCUGGCAUCACGAGUUCCAGCAACGCUAUUAAUCCACUGAUACACGUGAACUACUUGUUAUGUUGCCAAGACUGAAGCAAGAAAAGGCAGAUAGUGAAGUGUAAUGAAAGAGUCAUUUAGAAUUUCCAAACAUUUUGAGGAUUGAUUAAGGUCCCUUGUUUGCAAAAAGUGCUCCAUUCUCUUUAGUUUGGGAUUUUGUUUAUACAGUAUGUAUGUAUGUAUGUAUGUAUGUAUGUAUGUAUGUAUGUAUGUAUGUAUGUAUGUAUGUAUGUAUGU